AUGUCCAGAUCAGUCUUGAGCAUUCUGGGAAGGGUGGGAUCUUCCAAGGCAGAGUGAGAUGGAAAAAUUGCGCCAUGCGUUCCUUCUUCUUUUUCGCAACGCCAGCAAGAGACAAAACACCACUCCAUUUCUUUCAACUCUCCCUCAACUCUCCCUCAACUCUCCCUCAACUCUCCCUCGUCCAAGCACAGCUAAAAUGAACAAGACCUCCUGGGCAUGCAAAUGCCUCUGUCUCUGCACUGUCACUGUCUGACAUUGUCUCGAGGAUAUACGUACGAUAUCCCCUCUUCAAAUACCCAUCCAACACGCGCUACCUAGGUCCACCACACUACCC